AUGGGAUAUGGUGGGGAAUUUGGAGAAGAAGAAGCGGGAAGUUGGGAGAAGUGGGAGAGGAUUCAAAUGGUGUUGUGGCGGGAAAAAGAGGAAUCGCGGAGCAAUUGUGGAUUUUGUUUGAGUUUUUGGGUAGAUAUUGAGUAAGAAAUGUAUUUUUGAACUGGGAAUACCGAUUUUCAGCACUAAAAAUUAUGUACUGAAAAUUUCAGAAUUUUGUUUUUGCUCUGAAAAGAGUAAUAGAGGAAAAUCUCAGAAAAAAUAGAUUCAAAAUCUUCUAGAAAAUUUGAAACAGUGAAUUUCUGACAAUUUAAUUUUUUUUGAAACAGUAGAUUUUACAAGUUGAAACUCAAGACUUCAAUGAGAUUUUCCAGAAAUCAAAUUUAAAUCCAAAACUCAUGAAAAUUUCGAAACAGUAGAUUUUUCAGAAACAAAAUUUCCAAGAAAAUUUUCAAAUUCAGUUUUUUUUUCAAUUUUUUUGUAUUUUUCGAGGUUUUUUAGUCUGGAAAUCAGUGAAAGCAAUUCUGAAAUUUCAGAAAAUUGUCUGAAAUUUUCUAGUUUUUCAGCUGCUGUUUCAUUUCACUUUAGUUUUUGGGCUAAAUAUUUUCAGUGUUGUUUUUAUUUUCACUAAUCCUCAACUUACAAUUGAAAAAUCUGUUAUUUUUUAAAUUCAGAAGUGUUUUGAAACAGUGAAAAUUUUUUUUGAAAAAAUGUUUUUUUUUCGCGGUAAAUCCCAGCUUUCAAGCUUUUUCUCUGAAAUUUCCAGAUCUCUGGAAUGUUCCCUUCCAGCUGAAAAAUCAUAGAUUUUUUCAGUCUGCCUGUAAAAAAUUGUCUGAAAUUUUUCUCCUCAUGUUUUUCCUUGAUUUCCAUAAUUUUUAAAAGUAUGACAAACAUACAUGGCAUCUUUGCCCAACGGACCCUCCAUGUAAUGAUCCCCCCCUCCCCACAAUUUUGAAAUGUCAUGAUCCCCCCUCAAUUUUUUCGUCAAAAAUUUGAAAAAAUAAAUGGUGAAAAAAAAUGAAAAAAAUUAAAGAGAGAGGGGGAGUUUCAUUUUUUACAUAUUUUUCAGGUUCGAUAAUUUGGAAACUAGUGCUUUAGGAAUAUCGGAUGUAGAGAAAGGGCGAAGAAUUCGACGGAUAUCAUUCAUUGGCUAA